AUUAGAGGUCAAAACAUUUAUAUGAAUUUUAUCUAAGUGUUUUUAUUACAUCAAAAAACAAAUACCUUUAUACCUCAUAUCAUUUCACUGGGAUAUUCGUGUAGAUAUUCCAUAAGAGUUGUAAUCUUUAAAGUGUACAUUCACCAGUUCCAUUUGAAAUUCCGUGCGAUGUCAAUAGAUAUUCAAAUAACACCCAUUAGUCCACCACUGGAUGUGGGGACAAGAAUCCAUUGGGACAUAGCAACACAAAGUGCAAUCUUUGUAGAUAUCCCUAAUUCCGAUGUGUAUAAAUACGAUGAAAAUACAGGAAAAGUAACCAAAGCAAAAGUUGGAAACGAACCUUUAGCGUUUAUGUUUCCUGUAGAAGGAACGAACAACAAAUUCAUAGCAGGAUUAGGGAGGAAAUUAGUAUUUGUUGACUGGGAUGGCAAAAGUUCACAAGUUUCGAAAGUGGAAACGAUAGUAGAAGUAGAAAAAGAAGAGGAGCUGAAAGGCAAUAGACUGAACGGGGCCAAAGUGGAUCCUUGGGGAAGACUUUGGGCAGGUACAAUGGGUGCAACUAAUUCAGAUGGCAGCACUGUACGUGGAAGAGGAGCACUUUACAGUUUAGAGAAAGGGAAAUUGAAAAAACACCUUGGCGGCAUUGGAAUUUCCAACGGUUUAGCAUGGGACACGCAAAAAAUGAAAAUGUAUUAUAUCGAUACUUUAGAACCGUGUGUCACCCAAUUCGAUAUUUCCAAUUCAGGAUCACUCAGUAACAAAAAAGAAGUGUUCAGCUUUAAAGCCAAUAACAUAGGUGGAUUGCCAGAUGGUUUAACCAUUGAUUCAGAUGGAAAUUUGUGGGUUACUGCAAUAUACGGUUCCGAUUUAAUCAAGUUCAAUCCGGAAAAUGGAUCUGUAUUGAAAAAAAUUGUGUUACCUACUCCACAAGUGACUUCAGUUUCAUUUGGAGGAAAGAAAAUUGAUAAACUGUUUGUAACAACAGCUAGGAUUCCAGUUGAUGGAAAAAUUCCACCAGACCCUGCAGGCACAACUUAUAGCAUUGAUUUAAAUGAUGAAAUUCAACAUACUAUUGGCUAUUCUGGAGAUAGAUACAUAAUAUCAUGAUCUUUAAUAUGUUUACCUAUAUAUCAUAAAAUUAUAUUAAUAUAAUGGGUUUUUCUUAAAAUCAAGUAGGCCAUUUAAUAGGAGUUGGUGAGCCGACUGCAAAUUUCGAGCGUUAUCUUACACCGAAAUGUUAUACAGGGUGUUUGGUAAUAUGUGGG